ACAGCCCUGUUGAUGGGACCGGAAUGGCUAAACGAAAUCGACACCGCUACGAUUGCCAUGGAACUGACUCAAGACUCAAGAAUGCUUUAUUCUGAAGGAAUACCAAACGAGAACUUCUUCAUCAUUGACCGAGUGAAUAUUCUGAAGAUCCCAGUCACUGAAUGA